AUGGAGUCUGUCGUGCUGCGGACUCUCCUCCAAGUGCCGCCUCCAUCUGGGCCGUCGACUGAUGAGGCUACCGACGAGGCUGCCAUUGCUCUCGCAGCGCCCGCCAGGGCUGUCAGGAGGACGUAUCCCGGGGCACCUCAGCGCGGAGAUUCGAUUGACCUUUGGCGAGCACCGACCCUUGUCGAGGCCGCCGCCGGCUCGGGGGCGGCCACGCCGCAGACGGACGAUGAUGAAGACCUCGAGAGGAGCGGCCCCGGUUCUUCGCCUCUGUCGAGCCCGGAUGCCGUCGAAGCGCUGUCGAGCGUCUGGCAUCCGUACAUGAACCGCUUCCGGCUUCUUGCCGUGUGUCUGGCCAACAUGGCGAAUGCGCUAAACGACAGCGCCGCCGGUGCCUUGAUCCCGUACAUGGAAAAGUAG